ACCAUGGCAACCUGGCAGUUAGUGUACUGGCUAAUGCUGUCUUGCCUUCCCAACCAAGUGUUCACACUUUACAACAAGAUAAUGCUGUACGAGAAACGGUGCUUUACGGAGGAUGUCCCUGAUAAUACUAUGAUUUCAUUUAAGUGGGCGUUGCACCACUACAGCACUCAAGGGUUCGAUAAAGACCCCACGCCAGAGGGCAAUAUGAGACUCACCAUCACCAGUGCCCACUCACUAAAGCACUCUGGGGGUGACACAGGCAUUCUCAGACAUGAACAGCAAUUGACUGGUGGGUUUGGGACAGUUAAAUACUUCGCUUCCGACUCGGGGGAAUAUCUGUGGUGUUUUGAAAUGCAGCCGGCUGCUAACGGUGCCCAAAUGGGGACGUUCCACAUGGAGCCUUCGAUUGAGUAUUCUGACGACGAGGUCGAAGUUUAUAACGAAAUUGUGGCAACUCAAGAUGCAAUCAUAAGAACCUUAGGGAAUAUUAUGAGAAGAGCUAGGCAAAUAAAAUCCGAGCAGAGCUAUUACAAGAAACGUGAGCAGGAGUUCAGGGAGCUUUCUUAUUUGACUAGCACUAGAGUAAUUUGGUACGGUGCUCUCACCGCUUUAACGGUCAUUACUACCGGCUGCUUCUUGAUGAUGAACAUGAAAUCUUUCUUCCUCGCCAAGAAGCUAGUGUGAAGAAAACUUAUUAACUACCGCCAACACAUCAUUCCAUUGCAUGAAGAUUGAAGAAGGUAUCAUUUAACACUUCAUAUCAGAAAGUAUUUCAUAGGUCGUAGAUGUAUUCUUUAUGUAUAUUUUAGAAGGCCGAAUCAGCUAAUUUUAUAUGCUAAGUUAUUUCUAUUUUAAACUAUUUGUAUAUUUAUAGUACUAAUAGAGCUGUGGUGGAGGUCGGGAAUAUGAUGCCGACACUCAAAAAUAUUUUAUAUUAUGCCAGGUAUUUGAUUUAAAUCUUUCUUCAUAAAUUAUCGUAAUUUUAGUAUUCAGUUUUUGCUUCAUUUUGAUAGGUUAUCCGCUUUAAUGACUCCGGUAAUCUUUAUUUUUAUUGUUAGCAUAAGCGGGAUUAAAUUAUAUUUGUGUCUUUUCUUUUCUUUUCAUAUCAUAUCAUUUCAUUUAAUUUCAUUUCAUUUCAUCACUAAUUGUAUGAUUUUCAAAUUGCUUGCGUAGAUAUUUUGGUACAGUCGAAAGUACUUU